AUGCAGAUCAGCAAUUCGAUGUUCAACAAGAAAGCCUCACGUGGCCCUAGUCCUAGCCACAACCUGGGUCAUGACGCGAGUGGUGGACAGCCAGGCGUGCCUCGCGCAUCUGGCUACCUUACACCCUCGAGCUCACUCGGUUCCAUCGGAGCAAACCAAUGUCAACUCCCAAGUACUCCUGAUGAUGACGGUGGCAGCUUCGCUGGACCUGGAUCCCCUUCUACACCCAUGCAACGCUGCCUUGGAUGCGAUGAUCAGGAGAUGAGCACCGAUUGCCCUAAGCCUGGCAGUUCGACCGCCGUAUCAACCCCUAUUGCCGCCGCUGGAGCAUCUUUAGAGCCAAGUAACCAUCGAUUCUCGACGCCCGACCAUGUAUUUCUUGAAAAGACGCGAUCGACUGCCGACCCAUGUGUGUUCCGAUCUUCCCAUGUUGCAGGCUUCUCUGCACAUGACAGCUUGGCGCGUAAGCUACAAGAUGUCCACAUCGACCUCUUCACGACCCCAGACCGACCAAUUCUGAUGUCGACGCCCAGAGCUCCCAAAGCUCCAUCCCGACUGGUGUUCAGCGCAGGAGUCGCGUUCAAGAGCGCUGGUACUGGGAAGGAGGGUGGCCGAGAACAGCAGGCGUUCGACCAGUAUAAAACUCAGGACCACGACGUCAGAAUCGAGACUGAGGGAUGCGACGAAGAGAUGCCACAGGUGAUGCAUGAGCAUGAUACUCAGGAUGACGUCUUCGCUGGAACGCAAGCAGCUCCAGCCCUCAGCGUAGCCACGGCUCCCCAACAGCCAUGCUCACUCUUCGGUCACGACUCUUUUAUUCCCUACAUGUCCCUCGACGAACAACCUUACGAACCCACAACCUCCCACCCGACCACCACACCAUCCGCCCCCUCGACCCCCACGAACCGCCCCAUCCACCCAGCCUCGCCCUCAGCGCCCGCGCCCAAGCCCGCCUGGACAGCCAUCAACAAGGAAAGCGAAGCUAGCAACCCCUUCAACUACUCCCCUUGCCCGUCCAAAUCCAAGCGCAGCCGGCAGCACCACCAUCACCGCCGCAAGCCGUCCAUAGUCUGGGAGACCCUCACGACGCCAAUCCAGCACUGGGAGACGGCCGCGACGCGCAAGGCACUGUCCGCCAUGCGCCGCCAGGAGCGCGAAGACGAGAGUGCGGCGCGGGCGCGCGCAGGGAUGAAGCGCAAGUACCGUGCGGGCGAGGUGCAGGACGGGCACUUUGAGCGCGUCGAGGCGGAGCGGGAGCGCAAGCGGGCGCGGUACCUGGCGCGGAUUGAGGAAAUGUGCGAUGUGAAGUGA